CGGAUCCUAUUAUACUAUCCUUUAAAUAGCUCAGCAUUAGUAGCACACUCAUCUUCCACUCAUUUCCUUUACUCAGUUGCUCUAUGCAUUUUUUUGUUCUACGAAAAAUAAUUGAGAGACAAAAAUGGAGGAGUUCGGGGUUUGUGGCACAUCGCUGUACGAAAUGUGCUCAAACAACAAAAAGUCAGGGAUGAUGUGUUUCAACAUCCCUGACAAGUACUAUGGUAUGCGUACAUAUAACAUGCGUCUUCGCCUCUCAUCCACACCCAUUCUCUACCGAUAUGACCAUCGUUUCAAAUAAUCCUGCUUGGUGGCUGAUUAUCCAUGCAUAUCCGAGUUCUUUCAGCUAUUGGACAGUUGCCACCUUUGUUAUAAUGUCGUAUGAUUGGGCACUUACAUUCGGACUGGAGGUCGAAUUGAUCUGGAGGCAACGUUGGUCCCUAAUGACAGUUCUGCAUCUAACUCUGCGCUACCUUGGAAUCUCAUAUGCUGCCCUGUACAUCAUCAUGCUGUGUCAAGGCCCGAUCAUCUCGCUGACAGAUAUAGUGAGCUUGAUUAUAUACCUUGUACAGAACUGGACGAGUAGUUUGGUAUUUCAAAUUCUAUGCGUCAUCAUCAUCGCUCGGUUACAUGCCAUGUAUCAAGGUUCCAGAAAGAUCCUGAUAUUUCUCGUUGUCACCUGCCUGGCUGUCAACAUUUUUGUCGUAGUGGUAACUGUAUUGGGAACCUUAUAUAUUUCACGGGUGGAACUCACUAUCGUCAGCACCUAUCAGUGCGCAUUUGGCUAUACAGAAGAUGUCUCACUUCUGUAUUCUGUUUGUUGGAUGCUCAUCAUUGUGUGGGAGGUCCUUGUACUAUGUCUCGCAGUCUGGAUUGCGGUAAAACACUUACGUGAACUGCGACAAUAUUCGACAAGAGGAAUUAUCGAGGACUGUUUCACGGUGUUAAUGAAAACUCACGUGCUUUACUUUGCGAGCUUUGUUGCUGUUUCUUGCUUCGUCCUCGCAAUUUAUCUAUCUCCAACACUCUCAGCGGAACGAGAUUCCCUAGAAACUUGCACUCUUAGUGGCUGGUUUCAGAUUUCGGGCGUCGUGCAGAGGUUUGUGCUGGGACCACGCCUGAUCCUUAGCGUUCGAGAGUACCACGCUAAGCUUGUGGCCGGUCCCGACGCAGCGACUGGUACGGCCUCGAUCGCUUUCCAGGAGCGCGUGCAUAUAUCGACUGGCAGUGGUGUAUAACGCACGAGACGUGAAUGGUCGUCUGGUGCUCUGCAGGAAGCAGAAAAAUUUGUUUCCAUUCCAAGCCUUCUUGCGGAAAUUAAAGUGUCC